AUGGUAUCCAUCGAAGGAGAAAAACGGCCGUCACCAUUUAGUGUUGAAAGUAUAUUGGAACGAAAAGAUGAUAUACUCAAGCCUCUUCCAAUGACACCAGCCUCUGCAGCUACAGUCGCCCCGAUGACACCCUAUCCUGUGAGGCUCUCACAUCCUUUCGAGACGGCAAUGCUCUUCUUUGGUCAGCCCAGAUUACCGGCACCAUUGUCAGAUAGUUCUCCCGAAUCUAUCGUAUUCUCGCCGCACUCAAUUCCCUCAUCACAAUGGAUGAAAUCGCCAAGUACGCAAAGCACUCCACCUAGUAGCAUAGCAGAACGAGCUGAAUUCAGUGCUUCACUACAGUUGACCGAAACCCAAGUGAAGAUUUGGUUUCAGAAUCGUCGGGCCAAAUCGAAACGACUUCAGGAGGCAGAAGUGGAGAAGGUGAAAUUCGCUCAAGCAAGUGCACUAGCUGCAGCAGCGGUUGUAAACGCACAGAACGAUCCGUCAAAGACUUUUCUCACCUUUGGAUAUCCAACACAGUGGUGA